ACUACGUGUAUGUCGCAAAUGGCGGGGAACAUAAAAUUCGAAGAGGAUGUGUUGUUUUUCGACAAAUUCAACCAUUAUCAUGAUAUCGGACACGUUUAGCUAUGACCGUUAGUAAUCAACGACAGCUGAACCAAGAAUGAGGCGGUUCUUCAUUGUUAUGUGCUCCUGCGAUAUCUCAUGGAGGUUCAACAGUUCUACGGAUGUUACCUUCUCUACUGCACGAAUCCGAAGUACAAAGGGCACACAUACAUUGGAUUUACCGUGGAUCCCAACAGGAGGGUCAAACAACACAACAAGGGACUCAAGGCAGGUGGCGCGUGGAGGACCAGCACCAAAGGCCAAUGGGAUAUGCCUCUAAUUAUACAUGGCUUCCCGAACGAGAUAUCUGCAUUGCGGUUUGAGUGGGCUUGGCAGCACCCGGACAAGUCUCGAAGGCUCGGUCACGUCGAAAAGAAAAAUAGAAAGGAGAGCAGGUUUGAGUUUGCCUUCAGGGUGGUCUCCCACAUGCUUCGUGUUGGACCAUGGACCAGACUGCCCCUGACCGUGCAGUGGCUCAUGGAGGAAUACCGGCUCGACUUUCAGACGAGCCUUGCCCCACCACCCCACAUGGCCAUAGCCUAUGGACCCGUUAAAGCCGUCUGCAGUCAUGCCCAACGUUCCAUCGAACAAGAUGACAUCCAAGUGAUGCCGCUCUGCUGCGUGUGCAACACGGCCAUUCAGUCGAGGAAGAGUACCGCACGGUGCAUUCAUCCUGGCUGCACCGCAACUUCUCACCUUUCCUGUCUUGCCAAGCUCUUCUUACAAGGCGACUCCAAGUCCCUGAUUCCGGUGAACGGAGAUUGCCCACGGUGUGGGAAGUGGACUCUGUGGGGAGAACUAGUGCGGCACAGCAGGACGUGCGAUUGGUUCUAGACUCCGUCGUCGAGCUGAAGAUGGGUCCAGAUGCAACGUGCACCGUGCACCGAACGGCGAGUACUGGACGCUCUGUCUCGAUUGUUGCUGUCAAACGCAAAAGACUCGGCAUUCUGGCUUAGACUUUUUGUUGGGCAUGUUGAAAGUUACACCCUUGUCAACAUUUUGAUUUUUUUUAAUUAUGUACUUGAAGGGGGGGGGGGGGGCCGUUCUGGGUGUGUACACAAGCAGCAUUUGUUCCCUCGGUGUGCAGUGAUUUAAUGUGCUUUUACAUUGCGCCUUUUCAUUACUUCACAGUCAUUUAAUUUCUUUAUUAUGCUAGUGUUUUUUAAGUUUUGGAAUGGACUGCUGUCAACACAGUGGAAAGAUGAUUUGGUUAUUGAUAUUUGCUACAGGUCAUGCUUUUGUUGACUAGAGAUAAUUUUAUUUGAAGCGAGUGCUACAUGCAGACUGCUACUAAAACAAUGGUACAAAUGUGAAUAUAUGAUGAAGCUCAAGCACUUCGACCACAACAUUUUUAACAUUUUAAGUGUCAACACAUAACUGAGAGCCAUGUUUGUUUUUGCCAUUCACAGGCGACAAUUCAUGCAUCCCUGCUUCAUCUGAUCGGUGCAUAAGUAAAGAAUGUCUCCACACCAAAUUACUAGCAGAAAAUUCCAAUGAAACAUGCUAAAACCUAUAUUGACCAAGAGGCCGAUCAAAGUGACCCAUGAAUGAAAGUAGACAACACAAAUUAUGUAUACAACACUUGUGAGAAGUGUACCCUCCUUCUAAAGCUACAUUUAUCUCCUGUUUUUGUUAAAUCUAAUGUUAGCUUGGCUAUACAUAUUUAUUUUGGCCAGCUGCAAGAUUAUACAUCAAUUAUCAAUAUUAUUGUCUAUGGCCACUGCAGAAUUUUUUGAGUGCGUGCUCUUCAAUGAAGCUGGAGAAAAUUAAAUGACAUUUUGCAUGCACCAGCUGUCAAGAGCCCCACCCAGUUCUCGCUAUUAGUGCCCAAACCAGUUGUUUGAAUUUCCAGAGACUUCAUUCUCAGUUUAAAGGAGCUGUGCAACGAUUUUAACGUUGAAAGAAUUUGCAUCUUCUACUUUUGACAUUGUUUAUCUUGUCACGAAGGACAGGAAACAGAUCUCCUUCUUUCAAAAUGUUGUGAUUUUGCCGCAUAAUCGCGAGGCAAAAAUUAAAAUAUUUCCCGACCUGCAGCCGCCAGAACCACGCGGCGUGACGUCAAAGGGGGACUUGUAAAAGGAAAGCAAGUUGUGCAAAUAACUGCUCGGUAAAAGGGCAUUUUUCUAUGAAUCUUCUUGUUCCAACAUAAAUAUAAAUGCGUCAAAAACCUGGUAUCGUCGACAAAACUUUUAUUAUACGGAAGUUUACUGGCGCCAUCUAUUGGAAGUCAACAAAACCGUCGGCUCUAUCUGCUACUGCGAACAGAAGCCGGAGGGGGAUGGGGAUGGCCGGACCCAGAUGAGACUUUCCUCCUUUCACCAUGUUGAUCAUACUGUGCAAGCACGUAGUUAUGUGGUCGUGAGCGGCUGAGUUCUUGCUGCUCACUGAUGGCUAUAGAGAGAGAGCUUCACCAGAACCUUAUGCAUCCUCCUUUCACGUCACAGCGCACAUGACUAGAAAGAUGGGGAAGGAGUUGAGAGGUGCUGAAAACCUCAAUCUGUGUAAAUUUUUAAAAUAAAAACUAGGCCAUGCAGGCAAAAGCUUUUUUUUUUUUUGUUCUUUACUUCAGAAAGGUCGAGACACCAUCUCCCAAAUUAUUUUAGCAAAGCAGUGAAAUUGUUGCACAGCUCCUUUAAGCGGGUACGAUAGAGUUACACUUUUACAUUUCCCCUGCUAGAACAGACCACUACAAUACACCUUUUGACAAAAAUGUCAGCUUACUAGAUGCAAGAACUAAUAUUUUUGGCUCGCUUCAUAGGAAUCUAAAUGUUUAAAAAAUGCCUACUACUUAAAAAGAGAAAAACAAUUGAUGUAAUCUACUUGCUUUGUGAAUAAAAACUACCCAUCUAGAAUUUGAA